GCUGUGAUAACACACAUGCUUGAACAUGUCCAAUCUGUUCCACAGUUCAUAGUCUGAUAACAGUUAAUCAGUAUUCUUUAUGUUCUGGAGGAAGCUAGUUAAGUUAAAUUGUAAAACUUCCAACAAUCAUAUUUCAAAAAACCCAUCUAAUGUACCGUUAAAGAGGAAAAUGGUGAACGUAAAUCUUAUUUAUGGUACUCAUGUCACGGACAACGAUCCAAAACAACAUCCUGUCCUUAUUAUCGGACAACUGAAGAACCUGAAUCGAAUUAAAUUCGAUGAUAUCAAGUGCAAACUUGGAGGCCGUGUCUCUGAAGAGGACUUCCAGAUAGCCUUGAAGCGGUUCACUGGGUCCCAGAAUGACCCGGUCAGCUUGUAUCUUAACCAAGCUACUCUAGCACCGCUACCUGACCAAGCUUCUCGCCACAAUGCACCAUCCAGACCACAUGCUCUUACCAAACUGAUCAAGUCCGAGACAUUUGAUGUUGACGGAGAGAACAUUUUGGUGGUUUGUGAGCGGAAGGACAUGUUCGCAUUAGGCUGUGCAGUGGCCCGGGCAUUCCCCAUGUACUCACGGAAAAUGAACGCCAACAAGGAGAACGCGACCGUUACUGUGGAGUUCCUGCUGUUGGAAGAAGGGGCCAUUACCAUGGUGACGAAAGAGGAAGCUACGGUUCUACAAUCAGCAGCGGAUGGAAUCAGGAUGGCUGCCCGCAUCGUAGACACACCCUGCAAUGAGAUGAAUGUUGACCACUUUGUUUCGGAGGUGCAGCGAGUGGGGCAGUUACUGAAUGUAGCUGUCACUGUUAUCCGUGGUGAGGAGCUGAGAGAGAAGGGGAUGGGAGGAAUCUACGGCGUGGGGAAGGCAGCUGCCUGUCCUCCUGCACUGGCUGUACUCAGCUACACUCCGUCUGGUGCCACUCAGACCAUCGCUUGGGUGGGCAAGGGCAUCGUGUAUGACACUGGUGGCCUCAGCAUCAAGACUAAGACAACAAUGCCUGGGAUGAAGCGAGAUUGUGGAGGUGCAGCUGGCAUUCUGGGAGCCUUCUACUCCAUUGUCAGACAAGGCUUCACUCAAAACUUGCAUGCUGUGUUCUGUCUGGCAGAGAACUCGGUGGGACCCAAUUCUACCAGGCCUGAUGAUAUACACACACUGUACUCUGGCAGGACUGUGGAAAUCAACAACACUGAUGCUGAAGGUCGAUUAGUGUUGUCUGAUGGAGUUGUCUAUGCGUCAAGAGAUCUUAAGGCUGAUUUGAUUCUUGACAUGGCAACACUGACUGGAGCACAGGCUAUGAGCACAGGCAAAUACCAUGCAGCAGUGUUGACCAAUUCUGCUGAGUGGGAAAAGAAUGUGGUGACGGCAGGUCAGGUGUCUGGAGACUUGGCAUUUCCCAUUGUCUAUUGCCCAGAACUGCACUUCUCUGAGUACAACUCAGCUGUUGCCGACAUGAAGAACUCUGUGGCAGACAGACAAAAUGCUCUAUCAUCAUGUGCUGGAUUGUUCAUAGCAGCUCAUUUGGACUUUGACUUCCCUGGAGUCUGGAUACAUGUAGACAUGGCAUCACCAGUUCAUGCGGGUGAACGAGCGACAGGGUAUGGAGUAGCUCUGCUGACUGCUUUGUUCGGUGGACUGUCCUCUGACAAGUUUCUUCAGUACGUGGGUCAGGAUGUUGUGCUCAAUAUAUCCAACUUAUCCUGAUCAAUAAUGGGUUUAUAAAUGAUUAUUACUGAUUGCCUUUAUCCAUGUUAUUUUAUUAAAUAAUUGAUGGCAAA